GUGGCAAGCAUGCCUCCCAUAGGGCGCCUCAAGCCUCGUGGGGCGGGCUGGAAAGAGGGAAUGGAAUGGUGGCUGCCGCAUCCGUAGCUUCCAGAGCGAGUCAGCUGAAUCAACACAGACAUUUCUUCUCAACUUUCUCCCUGUUCUUCACCUGCAUUGCUGCUUUCCUCCAAAGGCAAUGUCUUCUGUAAAAAUUGAGGUUGCCGUGAAAGAGCAUUGCAAGCUUGGAGAGUCGCCUGUAUGGGAGGAAAAGGAAAAUUCACUCCUCUUUGUGGAUAUAACUGGCAAAAAGGUCUUCCGAUGGAAUUCACUUACUAAGGAAAUACAAAGUGUUCCUGUGGAUGCUCCAGUGAGCUUAGUGUCUCUUCGCAAAUGUGGUGGUUACAUUAUUACACAAGGAACCCGGUUUGCUUCUCUGAACUGGCAAAACAAGUCUGUAACCACCAUUAAUCAUGUGGAUGAGGAUAAAUCCAAUAAUCGGUUUAAUGAUGGAAAGGUGGAUCCUGCAGGAAGACUGUUUGCAGGCACAAUGGGUAAUGAGAUUCGGCCUGCAGUGCUAGAGAGGAAACAAGGUUCUCUCUUCACCCUGUUCCCUGACCACUCUGUAGUGAAAAACUUUGACUGUGUGGACAUCUCCAAUGGUUUGGAUUGGUCGCUGGAUCACAGAACGUUCUUUUACAUCGAUAGUCUCUCGUACUCUGUGGAUGCCUUUGACUAUGACCUGCAAACAGGACAGCUUUCCAACCGCAGAAGUAUAUAUAAGAUGGAAAAAGAAGACAGCAUUCCUGAUGGGAUGAGUAUUGAUACAGAAGGCAAACUCUGGAUUGCCUGUUACAAUGGAGGACGAGUGAUCCGUAUAGAUCCUGAGACGGGAAAACGGAUCCAGAUGAUCAAGUUGCCUGUUGAUCAGACUACUUCCUGCUGUUUUGGUGGGCCUGAUUAUUCAGAAUUGUAUGUCACUUCUGCUUCCCAAGGAAUGGAUGCGGCUGCAUGGUCACGGGAGCCACAGGCUGGCAAUGUUUUCAAGAUAACUGGACUUGGAGUCAAAGGAGUCCCAUCAUACUCAUAUGCGGGUUAACAAUUAACCUUUAAGCAGAAGAUCAGUAUCAAGAACAGCAAAAAAAAAAAAAAAACCGGGAAUUUGCAAGUUUGGAAGUUUUUGUCUCCUGGUGUGACACAGAGGUAGUAAGACUAAAUAUCACACAAAUAUGUGAGAUAAUUUUUAAUUUACUAACAUACAGAUUAUGGGUUUUCCCAUUAAUGAAAUAAUUUCUUUUCUAAUAAAGGUUGACGUAUGUACAAUGA